AAUCUCACGAUCUGCGCGUCACCAUCUUCCUGCCCCGUUAGGAGUUGUAGUGUAUUUGUAGUGUAGCUGUUGAUUAUAGUCUCCAGUGUAGAUAGCAAAGCAGCUGUGAGCGCUGCGAGAGAUCUGCACCAUGCUGAAGAAGGUUCUGCUGUGCGCUCUGGGCGGAGCGGUCAUCUUCAUCAUAGGGAUCCUGAUCGGGCAUUUUGGGAUCGAUAAGAAGACCUCAACCCCAUUACCCGAGUGGGUGCAGGAGGUGGCUCAGGAUGUGGACGAGAACUUCAUCGAGAAGUUCAUCGCUCAGGUGGACACCGUGCAGAUUGAGGAAAACCUUAAGAUGCUGACCCAGGUUCCCCACAUGGCCACCACGGCUGGAGACGAGGCCACGGUUGAUUUUAUGCUAAAGCGAUGGAAGGACAAGGACUCGGGGCUGGACAAUGCGUGGAGGGAGGAUUACAGAGUCUAUCUGUCCUUCCCAGACAAAGACAAGCCGAAUAAUGUCACUGUGGUGAGAGGCUCUGACGUGGUGGACUACAUACGGGAAAAAGAGAAGAUGUACUUUCCGGAGCAGGACGAUCCGGAGGUGGUGCAGCCGUACGCCGCUUACGGACCUGCAGGACACGCGAAGGGGAAGCUGGUGUACGCCAACCAGGGCAAAGUGAGUGACUAUGAGUUUUUAAACCAAACCCUGGGGGACUUAAAUGGAACGAUCGCCAUCGUCAGAUAUGGAGGAGCAGGAAGAGCUGAUAAAGGCAUCAAUGCUGCCCCUUUCGGUGUCAUCGGUGUGCUUGUCUACACCGACCCCUUUGACAUCAACGACGGGAUGAUGUCAGAUGAGAACGAGACAUAUCCCCACUCGUGGUACCUCCCGCCUUCUGGCGUUGAGAGAGGAAGCUACAAAACUAACUUUGGAGAUCAGCUGACACCGUACCUGGCUGCCAAACAAGAUACAUACAGAAUUAACGAAAAGGACAUCACUGGGGUUUCGCCUAUUCCGAUGCAGCCAAUCGGAUUUGAAGAUGCUCAAAAGUUAAUAUGUGAGCUUGGUGGAGCCGAAGCUCCCGAUACUUGGCAGGGCUCCUUUCCCUGCAAGUACAACUUUGGUGGACCGGGAUUCAAAGACACAUCUCGAUUUAAGGACUGUGAUGUGCAGCUUGACGUGUACAACAAGGCAGAAUUAAAAGACUCUGCGAAUGUGAUGGGAGUCAUCUGGGGCAGUGUAGAGCCAGACAGGUAUGUGAUCUACGGGAACCACAGAGACAGCUGGGUACACGGCGCCAUCGACCCCAGCAGCGGUACAUCCGUCAUGUUGGAGAUCACACGAAUCCUGGGGCAGAUGGUCAAGACAGGGAAAUGGCGGCCGCGGCGGACGCUGAUCUUUGGCAGCUGGGGAGCCGAGGAAUUCGGUCUGAUCGGAUCUGCCGAAUAUGCAGAGGAGUACAUAAGCAAGCUGAUCCAGAGGACAGUGGCCUACAUCAACGUGGACAUCUCUGUGUUCGCUAACGCCACACUUAGGGCCUCCGCCAGCCCCAUAGCGCAGCAUGUCAUCUUUACUGCAGCCAAACAGGUGAAGAUACCCGGAUCAAACACCGUAUCCGUCUACGAGAACUGGAGGCAACACUCAAACUGGACGAGUCCUACACAUGGAAACAUCCCUAAGAUGGGAUACCUGACAGGAGCAGGAAGUGACUACGCUGCAUUUAUGCAUUACCUGGGAAUAUCCUCGAUGGACAUCGCCUACACCUAUGACCGGAGCAAAACCAGUGCACGUAUCUACCCCGCGUACCACACGGCGUACGACACAUUUCACUACGUGUCCAACUUCAUUGACCCAGGUUUCACCAGUCACCAGACUGUAGCAAGAACAGCGGGGAACGUUUUGUUGCGACUAGCCGAUAGCGUUUUGCUGCCGUUUAAAUGUAGCGACUACGCCGGGGUGCUCGAGCAGUAUCUCACUGAAGCUGUGGGGAAGUUCGAAGCUGAUUUGAAGGCUAAGGAUAUCUCCAUGGAAUCUCUAAAGGAAGCUGUGAAGUCGUUCCAGAAUGCAGCCGCGAGUUUGGAGAAGACCAUCAGCGGUUUGGAUGUCAUGAACAGCUCGCCGCUGAAAGCUCGCAAAAUCAACGACCAGCUCAUGCUGUUAGAUCGCGCCUUCCUGAACCCGCUCGCCUUCCCUGACAAAUACGGCUUCAGGCACGUGAUCUGGGCAUCCCGCUCCUCUAGCGUGGCCACAUUCCCAGGUCUGGCAGACGCCGUAGAGAAAGCUAGGCUCAGCGGCUUGGAGCAGGACUGGGCUCAAGCGCACCGACACCUCUCCAUUGUGACGCAGGCCGUCUCCGGGGCGGCUCACACCCUCGCCGAGGCUCACGCCGCCCUGUAACACAGCUUCACCAAACCAGCAAGCAAGAGAUGUGUUGUUGUUUUACACAAGUGUGUAUAUAAAAGUCUUUUGUGUACAGUUCAAACUAUGGAGAGAGAUCAUUCAGUAUAUCAAAGAAUAAACUCAAUACAGGACAUGAAA